AUGGGGCGACUUUGGCUGCUGCUCCUGGCGGCCGGAUGCGGCAGCUCCGUUAGCUCAGAGGAUACGACAACAAUCCAAAGCAACCGAAGCAUUGAGAUCCCUUCAUUGCGUGGGCGGCAGCUGAAGCAGCCUGUAAAUAUGCAGAUCCUCUGCGGCCUGGAUGUCACGGGGGCCGUUGGUGCCAUAGGCCAGGUGGGUACCGCCGCCCAGUUUGUUCAUCGGAACUGCGCGAAGACCGACACAUCUGAGGAGAAGGCUGCCUGUUCUACUGCCGUUUCGGCAUUGGUGGCGCGGACACUGUUUCUCGCCACGUUUCUUACAUCUGCCGCCGCCACUUGUGCUGACACCUUCAACGUCCCUGUCUUUUGUGCCCAUGCUUCGUUCGAGCUGACCGGGAGUUUGGGGCUCGUCUCAACAGCAGCAUCUGCUUUCCAGCUGAGCUGCGGCACAAACCAAUCCCUUGGUUCCGGGCCGAUAGCACCGGCCGUCAGAAGGCUUGCCAACAGUUCUGGGCAAAAAGUGGCCCUGCUGCCUGCAGCGUCUCGUGACGUGCUGUCCUCCGAACUCGUGGCAAAGGUGAGAGCUCGGCUUCAGAAGCAGAGGGAUCGAAAGGCGGAGCUGGCCGACUGCGUGUUCACUUCGUUGGUCCUUAGCCAGUUUGCGGUGAGAGGGGGGGUUCUGAUCUCUGGUGCAGCCAAGAGCUGCGAAGCACCACAGGAAAGCAAGGCCACCUGUUUGACUGAUGUUUCUGGUGUACUGGCAUCUUUCUCCGUCACUGGGGCCCUGAUAGCCCUGGUCACCUCAGAGUGUCCGGUCGCACGAAAUUUCAAGGCCCUCUGUGCGACAGACGUCUUGACCAUGGUGAGCGCCAUCGGCUUCCUUUUCGAGUCCGUUGGGAAGAUGCUCUUGAACUGUGGAGUGCCCGGAGCAAAGGUGGACGAGCUAGUGGCCCAGGACGACGCCCUGGCAGGGGAGGCCCUGGUCGGGCGAAGACCGGACAUGUGGCUGAUCAUCUACGCCUUGUCGCUGCUGAAGCCAGUUGACGAGCUCCGGUCGGUGGAGACUUGUCCGGGUAGGCUGCGGCGGAUCAAGGAUGGUAGGAGGAUGGACGAGACGUCACAAAAAUGCACGUGCGAUGAUGGCUGGAGAACUGCUGGAGUGACAGACACGGUGCAUUUCUUGCAAGGAGUUUGCUCACAGUACAGCUGCCGAAGCGAUGCUGAAUGCGCAGCUCUCCUCGGCAUCGCAUCUGCCAGCUGCAUCGUCCCAGGCUGGAACUGCUACUGCGGCUGGGGCUUUGCUUGGGCCAACGCGGGCGGAGGAUUCGAGACUGGGCCAAAGGAGCUCGGCAGCGCCAAGUGCAUGGGGGUGGUGUACACUUUCUCGAUAUGGACAUCUCGGAAGCUGGAGCUACUGUUCUCAAGCAUGUGGCUGUGCUUUCUUCCCUUUGUGGUGCUGCUGGCCCCGUUCGGGCGGAAGCGUGCCAUUUGCGACCAUCACAGGCCCAGCUUGUGGAACGGCCUGCGCCGAUGCAUAGGUGCGCCGCAUAUGUGUCGUGGAGACUGUGUGAUUUCUUCACACUAUGGUUGGGAUGCUCUCUUCGAUGAUCUUGCUUGGAGUGUGUAUGCCUUUGAGCUCAUGGCUUGGACCUAUGCCUUCUGUGCCGUUGUUUACGUGAUCGUGCUCUUCAUGUGGUCAGUGAUCCUGUGGCUGUCUGUUAUGCUGAUCCUUGCCGCCGGGAUGCUCGUCACUGUCGGCGCCUGCUGUGCCGACAUGUGCUCCAGCUGUGCUUCAGGCUGUUCAGGCGAGUGUGCAGGGGGAUGUGACAGCUGCUGCUGUGAUUGCUGCUUGGUAACAAGCUACCAUCACCAGCCGGUCGAGGCAGACGUGUUCUACUUCUCCGGUACCUUCCCGACAGAUCACUAUUGGGCAACCGGGGGAUUCUCCAGGAACUCGGACGGCGGUGACUGCUGCUGCAACUGCAGAGCGAUUUGCUUCCCCUUGGCUUGGCUUUUCUAUGUCUUUCCGGCUCUACCCGAAAAUGCUUGGGGCGGCUUGGUGGGGUAUUUCAUCAUGGGCACGCACCAGCACACGCCCGUCGAACGCAUGUAUUCGGGUGGCAAUCGCUUCAUCGAGUUCAUGCGCAUGGGUUGGCGGCGGCAUUCUGACCUGCAUCAUGACGAGGACUGGCGGGCGCGGGUGUAUGAUUUCCUGGCAGGGCCAGGGGAGCAAACUCCGGCUGCCCCGGCCACGCUGGAGGUGCCGAACCGUCCUCAAGACGAGCAAGCACGCCUUCUCAAUGAGUUUCUGGAAGAUGGAAAGCAGGUGCUGCGAAUUGGAUUGGCUCGAGCCGUGAUCCUGGGAAGACACUUCGACAAGUUCCACGAUCGUUGUGUGCAGUCUUCGUAUGAAGACUACGCUGAGAAUUCGUGCUGGAUUUGCCGCGAACAACGUGAAGAAUGGGACUUGUGGCUAUCCUGUCACCACAUUUUCUGCUCAAGCUGUUCAAGCCAGAUGCUGAUCCGGCGAAUGCCUUGUCCGCUCUGCCGGGUAGCCUCCUCAACGGUUCUGCGAGGUCUAGCACUGCCGAGAAGAAGUGUAACUGUGCCAGCAGUCCCCCCCGAGCCGGAGGUGACAAUCCGACCGAGUGGGUCGAACGGCCUGCGCCUGCCCAUUCCAGCAGUCGCAACGCGCGCUUUUUCUAAAGGUGCCUCUAGCGCCCAGCUGGUGCAACGAAGAGAUGACAUUGCCGCAGCCGCAGAUGCUGCGGCCAGAAUGCUGGAAAUGCCGCUUCUGCCGCCAAGUGCUGAAGGAGCAGAGAGGCCAAAGGCGCCUCCUCUUCGCAGUGCUACGGCAGUGGACAGGCCAAAGGCACCUGCCCUGCCAUUUCUCGCCCCGAUCACAGCUCCACCGCCGCCAUUGCGCAACGUUCCAGCGGAACCAGUGGAAAAUAGCCAGCUACCAAAGCAAGUGGCACUUCUUCCAACCACGAUCAUGUCUGCGCCACCUCUGGAUGCACGUCUGGUCUCUCUUCCGUUUGAAGGAGAUGCAGGAGAUGCAGCACCUGGAAUCCUAGAACGCGAUCAAGCGGCAGCGCAACCGAGCUUGCAGGAGGCUGGCGAUCUGCAGGCUGUGCCAGAAAGCGCUCCAUCGCUGCGGUACCGCGCGAUGCCAGGGCAGCGCCGCAUCGUGGGCUUCUCCACGAGUACAGCAGGAGCUGUGUACUUUGCGUGCCGCCACGUGCAGGCACCGCGGCUAGAGACAAAGCUCCGAGAUGAUUUCAGCUCUUCGGCAGACUCCGAGGCUGUGAAGGCGUGCUUGCCGGAGUGGAAGUCUGGAGAUCUGCAGACUCUGUGGAAGUCUGCUCCUGACUGCAAGGAUGGAGCCACAUCGGUGCAGCGCCUGGAGUAUGCCUCGAGAGCAGGGCAGCCAAAGGUGCUCUCUGGUUUCAGACGUAUCCAUGGCUUUGACACGAGCACUGCUGGCUUGCUGAUUCUUCGCUCUGCACGCACAGCUCAUGAUGCAGUCAGAGCCGUGGCUGCGGCCUCGUGCUGCAGCGAAGUCCUGGACCGCCCGCGGGCCGAUUGGUUCCAAAGCCUCUUCCGGGCAGCCACCGUCUCCCAGGAGGAGGCACCAACCACCAGUGUGCCAAUUCGUGGACCACGUGCAGCUGCCGUGGGCUGUGCGCAUCGUGACAAGAUCUUGGUUUCCGCUAUUGCCGAGGAAAU